CAGGGGAGGACUCUCCAAAGGCUUCUCUCUCUCUCUCUCACUCUCACUCUCACUCUCACUCCAACUUCUGUACCAAAAGCAUGACUGUUCUAUCUCAAAGACUCUUGUUUUCUUCCUCCAACCCUCCUCUGUUCUCAUUUCCCUCUCUGCAUUACACAAAUUGAAAACUCUUACUUCUAAAUUCCCUUCCCAAUUAUUUUUUUUUUAAUUUUUUCAUUUUUUCCCCCCAAUAUCUCUGUAUCGUGAUCUUUGCAAAGUGAAUGAAAUGCGAUUUAAAAAUUCACUUAAUCUACUACCCACUUACUUAAAUGUCUCUAUUUUCAAUAUAUAUAGACAUUUAAUUUAGCUCUUGAUUAAGAGUUCAAAUCUGUCAAUCAAGCUUCGAACUUUGGAACCUUUUGGUGCUCUGUUUUCCCCUCAAUUUUAUCAUUUUGGUUCUGGGUUUUUCCAAAUGUCACACAUCGACUUAGAAUGCGGUGGUGAUGGUGGUGAUCACCGCCUCUCCUCCCCCGCCGUGAGCGACGGAGACGAAGGUUCUUUCCAUUCUCAGUUCUAUUCCAUCAAUGAUGGGUCGUGCGACGAUUAUGGGUCUGAUCUCGAGACUAAUGUUGUUUCGGAUUCUCUGUGGUUGUCCUCGGCGGUGGACUCAGAUUACUCUGCUGAUAUCGAAAAUGGGGUUCGUGAAAUCAAGGUUCAUUUGGGGAGAGUAGAGAGAGAUUGUCGAAUUUGUCAACUCAGUUUGGAGAGUACUAAGCCAGAGUCUGGAAUUGCAAUCGAAUUGGGUUGUUCUUGCAAGGAUGACUUGGCUGCUGCACAUAAGAGUUGUGCUGAAGCUUGGUUCAAGAUUAAGGGAAAUAAGACUUGCGAAAUUUGCAAUUCUGUUGCACGUAAUGUACUUAACGCAAAUGACAUUGAGUCAACACAGCAAACGAAUGAGACCAAUGUCACAGCAACAAACGCUGUCUCAGCUCCUCCCUCUGCAGAGAUGCGAAGAUGUUUGAAUGGUCACCGCUUAGUGAACUUCCUUCUUGCUUGCAUGGUCUUUGCAUUCGUCAUAUCUUGGCUCUUUCACUUCAACAUCCAAUCGUGAAAACCCCUGAUGGCAGUUCUUUUCUGCAAAAAUUUCGAUGAUUUGAUGAUUAGCAACAAGACGGUUUUAAGCCUGCCACGUUCAUCUAGGUAUAUCUAUCUAUUAGGUCAUAGUUGUUCCUCCUUACUUGUUAAGAGUUGGUUGAAUCCAUAUUUGCAUAUUCUAGAGUUUCUUAAUCCAUUUUAUGAAUAUCUCUUGUUGGUUUUUCUGUAACAGUUUAAAAAUUAUAUUAUAUUAAACCAUGUUAAUGGUUUCUGAUAA